GCCGGCACAUCCGAGCCUCCCUCAGGAUCGCCGACCACCCAGCGGUGUCCCGUGUCUACCUCCACUGCGCGGGCAGACCGCAGAUCCGUGGCUUAUCGGGGACCGACGCCAUCGCCGCCCACCGCAACUCCAUCCUCGUCCGGAUGGUUGUCCCCUUCGAGGACCCUAUGUACUGGCAUGAGCAUAGCUUCUUCUACUUCCCCAUCGACUACUUGGUCUACUCCUGCUCCUCGCCGCCGUCUCUGACUGCGCUCCCCCCUUGCUUCCACGGCGGCAACACCGACCCCAAGCUUGACCACUUGUUCCAUCCGCACCGGAGGCAGCAGCAGCGUAUCAUGUUCGACCAAGAGAUGGGCAUCCUCUGCCACGGUGACAAUGGCGAGUUCACGGUGGCACAUCUCGCGCACCGUGACGACCAGCUCCAGCUCUGCUUGCUGCACCAUCCGCCUCCUGCUGGCGUUACACCGGGAUGGAGUCUCAGCACGCUGCAGUUCCCUCCGGACUCCAAGAUCGAUCUCUACUCGUGGAGGACAGAUGUUGUCGUCGUCCCCACUGACAGAUGCUUGUGUGCUGGGUUGACUACUACCAGGGCAUGCUGCUCGUUGAUGUCCUCGCUGACACCCCAAAUCAGCAGCAGAUCCAUGGCAUCCAGCUGCCUGCUCAAGCUCUCAAGUCUCGCCGCAUCUAUAAUGAUGCAGGCGAUCCUGACCCGUUCCGGUGUGUAUGUGUCACUGACGAUGGCAUUCUCAAGCUCGUCUGUAUUUUUGCCAAAGAUCCUCCUGACUUCACCAUCUACACAUGGACUUUGGUUGACAUCACGAAAGGCAGCUGGACGAAAGAUGUGGACACCAUCAUGCGAGCUGAUGAGUUCUUCGGUCUUUACAUUGCUACCCAGAGUUGCCUUCCACGAGUGCAGCCAAGUUUUCCUGUUGUGAGCUUGGUAAACCCUGAUGUCAUCUGUUUCCUGCUCAAGGAAGAGGACUGCAAAGUUUAUUGGAUGGUUGAGGUCAACAUGAGGAGCAAGGUGCUGCAGUCUAGUGCCCUCUAUAUCAAUGAAGAAGAAGAAGGACAUCCCUCUGAAAUGGACGGGGGCUGCAGAUUCUAUGGUCACUACUUUAUCCCCACAAAGUUCUCUUACUUGAGUAAGGAUGCCAUCACAAGUCGGAAACUAAGUGAAAAGAUGCAAAAGGAUAAGGAAUGUAGAGCAAUAAUGCAGAAGGCAAAGGAAUGGAAAGUGACGCAGAAGGCUAAGGAAUAGAGAGCAACGCAGAAGGGUGGAUCGAAAGCACAAUCGAAGUGAUUUCCUGGAUGGUUAACAGCCUUUUAGAGAAUUGAUCCAACAUAUUGGAAAAUUGAACUAAUUUGGUCAUCAGACAUGUUUCAACUAUCAGCGUCCCUGAUGACCCACAUCAGAGAUGCGUUUCAAUGAGCCGCGUCUCCGAUGUUGGUCAUUAGAGAUGCGUGACCCGUGUCUCUAAUGUGGACAUAUCAUAGACGAAGAUUCCCACAUCUCUAAUGUGUUGUUAUCACAGAUGCAAUGUAAGUUACAUGUUUUUCAGCAUCACUACUAACUAUCUAGACACAUUACUAAUAUACUUUUCUG